UAGACGGGUUGGAGGGGGAGUGUGUGAUGAGAGUAGGGGAGUGAUGUGGAGAGGGUGAGAUUAGUACUGGCUGGCUUCCACGGUUAUCAUUGGGUGAGCUGUCAAUCAACCGGUUUGGGAGCUGGAGGCUGAGGAAGGGAAGAGAGAGACAGCGAGAGAGAGAGAGAGAGAGAGUGAGACGGAGAGAAGGAGAGGGAGAGAUACAGUACCGACAACAUGGCAACGAUAACUUGCACCAGGUUCAGUGAGGAGUAUCAGCUUUACGAGGAGCUGGGCAAGGGAGCCUUCUCGGUGGUCAAGAGAUGUGUGAAGACUCUGAUUGGACAGGAUUACGCGGCCAAGAUUAUCAACACCAAGAAAUUGUCUGCCCGGGACCACCAGAAACUGGAGAGAGAAGCUCGAAUCUGUCGUCUCCUGAAGCACGCCAACAUUGUCCGGCUCCAUGACAGUAUAGCAGAAGAAGGACAUCACUAUCUCGUGUUUGACCUAGUGACAGGUGGAGAACUGUUCGAGGACAUCGUAGCCAGAGAGUACUACAGCGAGGCUGAUGCGAGUCACUGUAUUCAGCAGAUUCUGGAAGCUGUGCUACACUGCCAUCAGAUGGGAAUCGUCCAUCGAGACCUCAAGCCUGAGAACCUACUGCUGGCCUCCAAGUCUAAGGGAGCAGCAGUGAAGCUGGCUGACUUUGGGCUUGCCAUCGAGGUGGAAGGAGAUCAGCAGGCGUGGUUUGGCUUUGCUGGCACGCCCGGCUACCUGUCUCCAGAGGUGUUGAGGAAGGAUCCUUAUGGCAAACCUGUGGACCUCUGGGCUUGUGGUGUCAUUCUGUAUAUCCUACUUGUUGGCUACCCUCCAUUCUGGGAUGAAGAUCAACACAGGCUCUACCAACAGAUCAAAGCCGGGGCCUAUGAUUUCCCGUCACCGGAAUGGGACACCGUGACUCCAGAAGCAAAAGACCUCAUCAACAAGAUGCUGACCAUUAAUCCCUCCAAACGCAUCUCAGCGGCUGAGGUUCUCAAACACCCCUGGAUAUCCCAUCGUGCUACAGUGGCCUCCUGCAUGCACAGACAGGAAACCGUCGACUGUUUGAAGAAAUUCAACGCAAGAAGGAAACUCAAGGGUGCCAUCCUGACCACAAUGCUGGCCACCAGAAACUUCUCAGCACUAACCAACAUUUUACCAACAAUUGGAGGAAAGAGCUCUGUGAACAAGAAAACAGAUGGUGUGAAGGAAUCCUCAGAGAGCACAAACACCACAAUUGAGGAUGAGGAUACAAAAGUGCGUAAACAGGAGAUUAUUAAAGCAACUGAGCAGCUGAUAGAAGCAAUCAGCAAUGGAGACUUUGAAGCAUAUACGAAGAUGUGUGACCCGGGUGUCACUGCAUUCGAACCUGAAGCUCUGGGGAACCUGGUGGAGGGGCUGGACUUUCACAGAUUCUACUUUGAAAACUUGUGGUCCAAGAACAACAAGCCUGUCCACACCACCAUCCUGAACCCUCACAUCCACCUGAUCGGGGACGAGGCGGCUUGCAUCGCCUACAUCCGCAUCACACAGUACAUCGACAGCAAUGGCCUCCCGCGCACCGCCCAGUCAGAGGAGACACGCAUCUGGCAUCGUCGCGAUGGCAAAUGGCAGAUAGUUCAUUUCCAUCGAUCAGGAACUUCAUCUGCACUUGCUAACUGAAGGUGCGAACUGCCCGGUCUCUUGCUGCUAAACCCACGAAUGACUUGCUGCAUGCAAGGUGUCUCUUCCAUCACCUCACGGCUCUCCACGGGCGGAACACUUGGUGGGAUAUCUGAUGAGCUGAAAACUGGAUUAAGCUUCACAAACUCCGUGUAACACAGGGCGAGGACAAAUUUCAUACAUCGGUCAUUUUUUUUUAUUUGUAUCUUCAAAGGCAAUAUCUGUGGUCCCGCAUGCUUUCCGACACUGCGAUAGGCAGUAGAUAGGAUGUUCAAACUGUUAAAACACUCGUUUUCCAAAAUUAUGGAUCUGCAUGCGUUUUUUUAAUUAUAUAAUGGAUGCAAAUUGUAACAGGAUCUCUACAAUUGUAGAAGACUGCAGGAGGCUGAACAUAUCUGCCACUUUAGUAUAUAUAUAUAUAUAUCUCCUUCAAAAGCUAGAUCUUUACUGCAACGGAGCCUUCCAAUUAAACAGACAAUAAAUAGCCUGGAUGUGGAGUGGGAUCUGAGAGACAGAAUCAUACAAAAUGUCACUCAUUUUGGGUACUCCAUGAAUACAUUACGCAUCUAUGUGUGUAUUUAUGUAUGUAUUUAUAUGUGUGUAU